AUGUUUUGCGUCCAAGAGAAGGAGGCUCAUGUAGAGCCGUUUCGGAACUCGGAAAAAGAUCCUCUGACGACCCAAUCAGAAUCUAGCGACGAGGAGCCGGACCCUAAACGAAUGAAGUACAACCGGCCGGAGCUGAACUUACAAAUGUAUCAGUUGACCUCCUUCAACACACCCAAGUCCCUAUCAAUAUACCCAUCCACACCGACCUCUACUUUACCCAAAUUCGUAAACAACCCUCUCAAUCUGGCUAACCCUCUCGCAUUUGCCACGAGCAACCUUCAAACGAACAUAGUCAAGAACCUUCACACAAGAUACUCUCUGCCGGCCAAACUGACCAUAACGCCUGUGACUAAGACUGUGACAGACAGCGGGGAGGUCGUGCGGUAUAAAAAGAACGGGGAGAUAGCAAAGAAACGAGGACCGCCUAAAGGAUACAAACGGAAACCCAAAGAUCUAUCCCAGAGCUUUUCAAACGGAGCUUUACUACAAGCUCAGAACACUAUUUUAACAAGUCUCCUGGCAGCUACCAACACAAGUCUAACAACAGUGACCCCAGCUCCACCGGCUGAGCCAGUACCCGAGAUCAAGCUUCCUCCAGGCACGGAGCUGGUGGAGCUGCUCCUGGACCCGUCCGACUGGUUCCCGUCGGAGCCCUACCGCAUGGUGUUCAGCCGCAAGAAGAACCCCAAGUGGAAGAACUUCCCCUACCGCUGUGAACACUGCUUUAAGGGUUACCGAGUCCUAUCCACGCUAGUGAGUCACUGCGGCGCGCGUCACGGCUGCCCCCCGCGCUCCCUCGCGCUGCCCUGCCCCUGCUGCCCGCACGUCUCCCUCCGACGGAAACACCACAAGAAACACUUGGAGACGCACCAGGGGAAGAGACACAGGAUCUUCUGUGUGUACUGUCUGCCCGCUGACGACGGGCCCUACACCAAAGAAGCCAUCAAGUACCCGUUUGAGACAUACCCGCACUACUGGUACGCUUCAGAGGAGUCUCUCAGACUACACAAGAAGAGGAAGCAUCCCUACGCUGCCAUGUUCAACUACAACUGGUUCUGUACCUGGGGAGAGGGCUCGCCUAACAGCUAG